AUGUCUUACGCAUACGGCCCGUACAAGGGUUGGUAUGGCCCCGGGUUCGAAUCUGAGUCCCAGGACCACAAAGAGAUCGAGCACAGGAUUGACGAAGAUGCAUCGGGUUCGAAUGAGCCUCGAGAAUUCAAAUAUACUGGCCAGAAGCUUGACGAGCAACUUGUCUCCGAAGUGAUGGAACUUCUGGCAAAGAACGGCAUCGCCGCCUUUCUAUUCGGUGAUAUGAUGCUCCGCUUCUUCGGUUGUGAGGUGACAGUCCGCAGCAUCAACCUCUCGAUCCCGGAUGAAUUCAUGGAGAAAGCAGUCCAGGUCCUACGUGGGGCAGACUUCUACGACGGCCCCAUCGAGCCCUUCGAAGUAGAGGAGUCCGAUUGUUACUUUUUGGUGCCUGCGUCGUAUCCAACGGGUUUCUUCGCCCAUGGAUGUCGAUACUUCGAAGACACCGACCUUGACCACUAUGCCUGGGGCGCUUGGUGGCGGCCUACGCACGUCUUUCACCUCAAGCCUGCCCCGGGUAAACUGGGCCACAUUGACAUUCACUUGUUCGACCACUCCGUCAGUUUCUGGGAUCUGCCUGCUCCUACCCUGGUUGAAGAUGCCCGAAACUACGUCCUGUCGAGUGACCGCCGCCUUCCGAAACCCGUUUGUUUCGGGACGAACCGUCAUGCGAUCAAGAUGAUCUCGCCUGUCCGAUGGGUCGAAGCCCUCAUCUUGCUUACAUAUCGGGAUGUACAUACGUGUCAUCGACUCUUUCACGGGCGGGUAUGGCCUGAAGAUCUCUACAUCACGUUUUUUAUGGCCGGCAGGUCGGAAUCGCAGGACAAGGAUCUCUUCGAUAAGCAAUACCUCGCCAAUUAUCUCGACAAUUGCUACGACUGCGCUCUCGAUGAUCUCGCUCUUGAUAUAGAACAUCUUGAAAACGUGGUCAAGAUACAGGGAUCGUUGGACGCGAGGUGGCUUCGGCUAAGAGACUUCCAGCCACUUUUCCAAGAAUAUUUCGAGUCAUUGUUCGAGAGGAAGCGUCUGUUAUUUGAAGACUACCACAAGUCGCUCGAGCUCCUCAUUCACGAAGACGAGCAGUGCAUGGAGAAGGAGAAAGAAGAAGAGGAUCGACUUGAGGCUUUCUCCGAGCUGCCCGAGUUCAGGGGGUGGGAUCUGGCAUUCAAGUUGCGAAACGCAGCAAAAGAACAACAACACAAGAUUGAAAAAUGCAUGUGGCCCCAUGGCGUCAUGAUACCAUGGGCUCUAGCCAACCACGACGGCAAGGCCAUGGAUGAUUUUGCUCAACGCCUGGCAGAGGCGUGGCUAUUGCCAGAAACCCCUUUUCCGCCUACAGGGUUUCCCAAGCACUAUCGCCCCAUUCAGCCAACUGCCUGCUAUCCAUUAAAGGACGAAGUUAGGUACUAG